AUGGUUGGCCUCCCAGCCAGAGGCAAGAGUCUUAUAGCUGGAAAAGCCAUGCGAUAUCUUGCCUGGGUUGGCAUCCCCGCUCGGGUAUUCAACGUCGGCAGCUACCGUCGUGCAGGCACGCCACAGCCCAAUGCGAAUUUCUUCGACCCUCAUAAUACCGAAGGCGAAAAAAUGAGGCGCGCCGCCGCCGAGGCUGCGGUGUCUGAUAUGCUCCAGUGGUUUCAGUCCGGGAAAGGCGUCGUAGCUAUCCUGGAUGCGACCAAUUCUACGAAAGAGCGACGGCGCUGGAUCCAUGAACGCUGCCAAGAGGCAAACGUCGAAACAUUAUACGUCGAGUCAAUAUGUGACGAUGAAGAUUUGAUUAUGAACAACAUUCUGGAAGUCAAGACAACGUCGCCUGAUUACAAGGGGCAGGACCCGGAAGUUGCUGCUCUUGAUUUCCGUAACCGCAUUCGCAAUUACGAGAAGGUCUAUGAGACCAUUGACGAUAACGAGAAGCACUUUACCUACGUCAAGCUCAUCAAUGUCGGAUCGACCGUCAUCAUAAAUCAGAUUAAGGAUUAUCUUUCCAGUCGGCUAGUAUACUACAUCCAGAACCUUCACAUUAAACCUCGCUCGAUCUGGUUAUCUAGGCACGGCGAGUCAGAAUAUAAUCUAACGGGGAAAAUCGGCGGCGACUCCAACAUUUCGGAACGUGGAGAGGCAUAUGCCCGCGCGCUGCCUGGGUUGUUAAAGAAGUCUGGGGUGCCACCCAACACCAAGAUCGUUAUCUGGACGUCAACUUUGAAACGUACGAUUCAGACGGCUCGUCAUCUCGCCGCGGAGACGGGCUUCGAGAAGCUAGAAUGGAAGGCGCUAGACGAACUUGACUCCGGGGUCUGCGACGGACUCACGUACGAGCAGAUUGCGGAAAAGUACCCGGAAGACUUUGCGGCGCGCGACGAGGACAAGUACAACUACCGCUACCGGGGUGGCGAGUCAUACCGCGAUGUGGUCAUCCGGCUGGAGCCAAUUAUCAUGGAGCUGGAGCGUAGCGAGAAUGUCAUCAUUGUCACGCACCAGGCUGUUCUCCGCUGCAUCUAUGCCUACUUCCUCAACACGCCGCAGGAGCAAAGUCCUUGGAUGGAGGUGCCGCUCCACACGCUAAUCAAGCUCACGCCGCGCGCAUACGGCACUGAGGAGCAGCGGUUCAAGGCAGACAUUCCCGCCGUCUCGACAUGGCGUGCGAAGGGCACGAAAGAUACUACGAAGGCGAAGAAGAAGAAGAUGCUAUCCGCAUUCACAGCCCGCCCCCUGGUGGAACUCAAACCGCGCGACCGCUCACGGAUCGAAUCCGUGCUGGCGUAUGGGGACCGCGUGCUGGCGGGGCUGAAUAAUGGGUCGUUGAGGAUAUACCGGGUGAAUGAGCAGGAAGAGGAGCCAGAAGAGGGAGAAGAGGGGGGUGAAGGACAGCAACAUGAGCAGCAUGGUCAGGAUACAGGGAAGGGGGGGAAGAAAGAUACCGAUCAACAAGGGAAUGGCAAUGGAGAGGCAGGGAUCAUCACGAACGGAACUACGAACGGCACCCGGGAGCACAAGAAACCCACGGAGCUACUACGCGAAGUGGAGAAGUUCUCCCGAUACAAGAUCGAGCAGUUGGCGCUGAUUAAGGAAGCCAAGGUGCUUGUUUCUCUAUCUGGGGGGUACGUCUCGCUACAUGAUCUAGGGACGUAUGCGUUGCAGGAGCAAUUGGGGAAGACGAAGGGGGCGACGACGUUUGCGGUGACGUCGAAUAUCGAGAAUGAUUCCGAAACGGGAGUGCCUGCUAUUGUGUCGAGGGUGGCGGUGGCGGUGAAGAGGAAGAUAAUGCUGUGGGUGUGGCGGGAUAUGGAGAUGGAAGGGGGCGGGCCUAUGGAGAUGACGCUUGUCAGUGGGAUUAAGACGCUGACGUGGGUGUCUGGGACGAGGUUGGUGGCUGGUUUGGGCUCGGGGUUUGUGAUGGUUGAUAUUGAGGGGGGUAGUGGUGGGACGGUGACGGAUUUGACUGGUCCGUCUGGGAUAGGGGGGUUAGGGGGACAGGAGAGUACGGGGAGGUUGGCCGGGGUGGGAGUCGCCAGUAUGAGUUAUAUGGGGCUUGGGGGUAGUGCGCCGAAGCCGUUGGCGACGAGGUUGAAGGAGGGCCAGGUGUUGCUGGCUAAGGAUAUCAACACGCAUUUUAUUGAUGUGCAGGGGAAUUCGCUGGGGAGGAGACAGAUUCCGUGGAGUCAUGCGCCGGCGGAUAUUGGCUACUCGUAUCCGUUCUUGUUGGCGCUGCAUGAUUCCUCGAAGGGAGUGUUGGAGGUACGAAAUCCGGAGACGUUGUCGCUGUUGCAGUCGGUGCCGUUGCCAUCAGCAAGUAUUAUGCAUAUCCCGCAGCCGACGAUUAGUCUGGCGCAUGCUGGGAAGGGGUUCUUGGUGGCGAGUGACCGGACGAUAUGGCGGAUGGAGGCGCUGAGUUAUGAUACGCAGAUUGACUCGCUGGUCGAGAAGGGGUAUCUGGACGAGGCGAUCAGUCUGGCCAGUAUGCUGGAGGAUGCGCUGCUGAGGGAUAAGCAGGGCCGGCUGCGCCAGAUCAAGCUGGAGAAGGCUGAAGGGCUGUUCAAGAUGCGAAAGUACACCGAUUCGAUGGAUCUGUUCACGGAGAUAUCUGCGCCUCCGGAGACGGUGAUACGGCUGUAUCCGAAGAUCAUCGCCGGGGAGCUGUCGUCGAUUGUUGAGGAACCGGAGGAGUCAGAAGAUGGAACGACAGACAGCCAGUCCAAGACGCAGGAGAACAACAACCCGACGGACGCGCCGGCUACGGAGGAAACGCCAGCGCCGAAGACACUCUCGCAUGCUCCGUCUGUGAUGUCACUUUUACGGACGCGGACAGAUGACGGCAGUGAUGCGGGCAGUAUUCGUGGCAAGGUUGUCGAGGAGGCCAAGAACGACAAGGCGCUGGAAGGUGCCGAUCUCAAGCUGGCUGUUCGUGACCUGCAGAGAUAUCUGGCAGAUGUGCGGAGGCGGUUCCAGCGCUUCUUGAACCCGGAUGGAACGCUAAAGGUGAUUGAUGCGACGACGGACGGCGCGAACGAUGCGUUAACGGACUCGGUCAUGAAGCUGCUGAGCAUUGAUCCGGAGGGUGAGUACGAUCUCGGGGAGAAGCUGCGGGAAAAGGCCAGGCUCGUGGACACGACUCUCUUCCGGGCGUACAUGUACGCUAUUCCAGCUCUGGCAGGCUCGUUGUUCCGCAUUGCCAACUUCUGUGACCCGGAUGUGGUGAUGGAAAAAUUGGAGGAGACGGGGCGUCACAACGAUCUGAUUGACUUCUUGUACGGAAAGAAGCUGCACCGACAAGCGUUGGAGCUGCUUCAGAAGUUCGGACAGGCCGACGAUGAAGAAGAGACGGCGCCGCAGCUGCACGGGCCGAAGCGAACGGUCAAUUAUCUACAGAAUCUGUCUCCAGACCAUAUUGACUUGAUCCUCGAGUUCGCUGAAUGGCCAGUACGUCAGGAUCCUGAGCUGGGGAUGGAGAUAUUCCUAGCCGAUACGGAGAACGCCGAGACGCUGCCGCGGGAACGAGUGCUAGACUUCCUGCAGGGAAUUGAUGUCAAUCUGGCUGUCCGCUACCUGGAGCAUAUCAUUGGGGAGUUGAAUGAUAUGACACCGGAUCUGCAUCAGAAACUGCUCAUCUUGUACUUGAACCGGCUGAAGAAGCACCAGGCUAAAGAGUGGGAGUUCUCUAGCCUGGAUGACUAUGUAAAUUGGCAGAGCAAGUUCUUGAAUAUGCUCAAGUCCAGCUCCCAGUAUUCACCGGCUAAGAUUCUGGAUCGAUUGGACCGAGACGAUCCUGAAUUCUUCGAGGCACGAGCGAUUGUCUUCAGCAAGAUGGGACAACACCGGCAGGCACUGGAGAUUUACGUAUUCAAGUUGGAAGACUACGUCAAGGCUGAAGAAUACUGUAAUCAUCUCCAUAAAGUGGAGGAUACGACUGCUGCGGAUGGAUCGGCUUCGCGCUGCGUAGCUCUACUACCAUACGAAGAUGACAAACCAUCGAUUUAUUUGACUCUCUUGUCUCUAUAUCUAUCUCCGCCGCAUGGCUACAAGCCACGGUACGGGCCCGCGCUUGAGGUGCUGGCCAAACAUGGAUCCCGGCUGCCACCCAAUUCUGCUCUGGAUCUGAUCCCAGAAUCGCUCCCGGUCAAGGAGCUCGAGUUCUAUUUCAAGGGCCGUAUGCGGGCCGCCAACACAAUCCUUAACGAGAGCCGGAUCGUGGCCAACCUUCAAAAGGCAGAAGACAUCAAGACACAGGCGCAGUUAUUGGUAGGAGAGGGAACGGACGGGCGAUCGACGCGCUCACGACAUGUCACCAUCACCGAAGAGCGGGUCUGCGGCAUCUGCCACAAGCGGAUCGGGGGCAGUGUGAUUAAUGUGUUUCCUGAAGGUUUGUUGUGGUAUCGGUUAUUGAGGUUUUUCUGUCUGCGUUUUCUGGUUUUCUUUUCUUUUGUUGUUCCUGAUCUCCCUUUCCGCAUUUCCUGGCCAUGUCUUGUUCAACGAAAGCAUACCGGAGUGGCGGACAUUUCCUACACUAUGAUACCCCGGGAUAGCGGUAUUCAAGGAUCCAAUGCAUAUGAUUUAUUUAGUCGUGAUUCGUUCCUCGUCAGCCUCGUAGUCUCCACGCUCUCAACCGUCUCACUUGUGGGUGCGACAGGAUCAAGCAUCCUCUUCCACAACCUCCUCUCCGUAGUUCUCCUCUUCCUUGGCUUCCUUGUCAGAGACCGUGCGACCCUGUGCCUCGGCGGCCUUCUUGUCCUCUUCCAUACGCUCGGUCAGGAAUACGUUGAUGUCGUUCUGCAGAGUGGUCUCCGAAGCCAUCUAUUCGCUCACACCAUGUUGCGCUCGCCGGUGUCGCCCGAGCGAUCCUCGUCUCGCUCACCUCUUCCUCCUCCACUCUCACAGCCCCCUCGCCGCUCCUUCGACGACUUCUCCUACGCCCGCCCAGCUUCCUCAGGCAGUGAUGCCUCCUCGAUUACUUCCAAUGUGACCACCAUCUCGCCGCGUCACUCUGCCUUAAAUCCCGGUGCCGUGUCGGUGACCUCCUCUCCUCGUCCUCCACGUACCUCAUCCAUCACCGCCAACACCACCGCUCCUCCUCCCAUCUCGACCGCCACUACAAACACCCAUACCUCCUCCUCUUCUUCUACCAUUCGAUCACCCGUCUCCUUCAUGCCUCAUGGUGAGAUCCUGAGCAGGAAACCGUCGGGUCGGGGUGGCCCGCCGGAACUGCAGAGACGCUCUCGUCACCACUCGCAGGGCUUCUUCGAGCCGUCCCUCCCCACGGCGUCCUCCUCCGAGGCUACCAUAUCCGCUUCCAGAAUCGCAGCCCAGGCGGCCAUGCUUCAGCAACAGCAGACUGCUCCCCAGAAUCCUCCUAAGCGUCCUCCCCCAGUGCGGGGUGUAUCCGAAGACGGUUCCCGGUCCCGACGAGGCGGGAGUGCUUCCCCUCCGCCCCCGCCGCCUCCAGCGCCGUUAUUUGCGCCCCCAACAAGCUCGGGAAGUGCGUCCGGGGCAUCAUAUCAGAGUGGGUCUACGAGUGGGAAUACACAUGCCGCAACGACGGCGGCAAAUGUAGUGUUUCCUCGCAAUCCGGCGCUGCAGCCGCCCGGGUUGGAGAUGCCCGUAGAGCGGGAGCACAAGCACAAGGGCGAGAAAUCGAAGAUGAAGCUGUUCUCGAAGCCGAAACACAUUGGGAUAAGUCGGGAUAAAGACGGAAUUAGCAAGGACCGGGGCCUGCCGUCACCGAGUAAGAUGGGGUUUCCGAGCGGAGGGUUAUCACGGAUCGUGAGUGCGUCGACAACAAGCUUGGCUGAUACGUUUCCCUCGAAUAAUUCGUCUCUGUACAACUUGUCGAAUGCAUCGGCGAGUACGGUAGUUCCCGCCGAUAAGCCGGUGGGGAGCGAGAAGGAGAAAGAGAAGGAUAAGGAUAAGCACAAGCAUCACUUCUUGUCGCGGCAGAAGUUGAAGCUGAAAGACCGAGAUGAUCACUACAACCUGCCGCUUUCAUCCGCGUCGAGUAACUCUAAACCUUCGGAUCCGAACGCCCCUCAGUCAUUGUACUCGUUUACCCCGGCAUCGCCAGGUGCGGUGACGACUACGUUUGGGAAAAGUGUCAGCGGCUUGGACCUGCUCCAUGGGUUAAGAGAUAAGAAGAAGGAAGAGAAGGCGUUAGAGUCAGAACAGCUGGACUGGGUGGCUAACUCAUCGGGACCUGCGCCGGGUACGUUUGCAGGGCCGUCGUCGCUGGGCAGCUCCACAGGAGUCCUGGCGGAGGCAGCUCUCCGGGAGACCCUCCAGGGCUUUGGACUGAAUAACAUGACGCCGGAAGAUGCGUGGGACUUUCUCAAGGCCAAGCUCAUGGUGAUUUUUGACGGAGAGGAUGUUCGCAUUGCCAUCGAGGAUCUCAAUAAGCUAGUCCUCAUCCAUAUCCAGCGGUGCGUCCAGAAACGCAUGCCCACCGCAGUGGUAGACGACUUGCGCGAGCUGUUAGAGACAGGAUGCGCCUCCUUGAACCAUACGCUGAAUGGCAUUCCUGAUGAGAAGCUGGUCCCUCAUCUGGUACAAGUGUGGAUGCUCUUCAAGGGAUGUGGGUCCGUGAUGAACCGACGAGAAGCCAGUGAGUUCUGGGCGUCCGCGUUCAACGGCGAGUACGCAGGCUGCGAGCUGGACGUGCGCAACUUGGUAUUGAUCGCUUUCCGCGAUAUGGUCAUCCUGUACCGGUACGACGUGCUGAAGGCAACGUUUUCCCGUUUGAGUCUCGACAGCAUCAAGCUCGGCACGGCAGCGCUGAGCGUCACAACCAAGAGCAGCAGCAACAGCGGGCGGCCGACGACAUCGGCCUCGCUGGACGGCGGGUUCGGCAGCUACAGCUCGCAGUCGUCGACGCUCCUCAAUGCCGCAAAUAGCUACUCAUCCGACUCACUAGACUGCAACCGCAGCCGGGCGGCGUCCAACACGUCCAACCCGGACCAGUUGAUCUUCCAAUCAAUCUCGUCACCCACGCAACGGCCCAGUAUUAUCCACCGGUCCUCGCACACGGACACGUCACACAUCAUUACCGAGACAGUGGGACGGAUGCUCCAGUGCGUCAGCGUGUUGGCCAGCGUGCAAACAGGCGAUCGAGCACAGGAGCAGAUCGAGAUCCUGAGCAAGGAGCUGAAGCACAACUGGCUAGGACGCGGACGCACGGGGCGAGACCGGCGUGGGUUCGUGGGGACGAAGAUCCGGCCGGCGAUUGUAGCACGCACAGACAGUGAUGAUUAUAUGAGGGAUGGGAUGGAGGAUUAUGGGCGUCGGGAAUUAAGUGUGUUGUGA